CGCUAGAGGGCAGUGUAGUGUUAGCAUGACAGAAACAGUCGUUCUAGUUUCCGGUUUUAACUGUAGUUCAGCUCCUACUGCCGAAACAUUUCCACAUUUUGUGUGAUAAUCAACAUUUAAAUGGAGAAUUAGAUUGAUGGCAGUUUUCAGGAAUGGAGAGCCAAACUGCAGAGUUGAUGUUCCACAGCUGCAUGUAUGUAAGGAGGAGGAAAAAAACACCUGCUUUUGUCAGGAGCAGCCACACAUUAAAAAAGAAGAGGAAGAGGAGGAGGAACUCUGCAGCAGCCAGGAGGAAGAGCAGCUGUUACUGAAGCAGGAAAUCAAAUCUGAAUGUGAUGAACUAUUUGUAAUCCAGUUUGAAGAUCUCUCAGAGAAACAUAUUUGUGAAGAGGAGACUGAUGAUGAGCAGCAUCUCUGGAAACAGGAGAGGAGCUCCAGUCUGGAUGAGGAGGAACAAGAGCUUCCAGAGAUCAAAGAGGAGCAGGAGGAGCACUUCAUCAAUGAAGGAGAGCAACAGUUCAAAUUAAAGCAGGAGACUGAGGAUUUUAUGGUCGCUGAGCAUGAUCAGGAUAGGAUAGACUCCAAACCAGAACCAAGUGAGAGUCCAGAUCUGGAAGAAAACACUCGGAUCAGAAACAGUGAUGCUGUGACUGUCCAGGAGGACUCUCCUUCACAUGAAAGCUCCCAUUUCUGUGAAACUUGUGGAAAAGUUUUUACUCGACGUGCGAAUUUGAAAGCUCACUUGAGAAUACACACAGGAGAUAAGUCAUAUUCCUGUAGAUUAUGUGGAAGAAGUUAUUUUCAAAGGAGUGAUUUGACUGUUCAUAUGAGGAAACACACAGGUGAAAAGCCAUUUGUGUGUGAAGUCUGCGGAAAGGGUUUCAUUCAAAGCAGUGACUUGACUAUCCAUAUCCGAACUCACACAGGUGAAAAGCCUUUUUCUUGCGACAUAUGCCAGACCACUUUUAGUCACGCUCACAGUUUGACUCACCACAUGAGCACCCACACGGGUGAAAAGCCACAUUCGUGUGACACGUGUGGCAAAAGUUAUGUUCAGAGGAGCGAUUUGACUGUUCACAUGAGAAUACAUACAGGGGAGCGGCCUUAUAUUUGUAAAACAUGUGGAAAAAGCUUCAGUCGGUGUAACUAUUUGACGGAUCAUAUGAGAAUACACACGGGGGAAAAGAGAUACUCCUGUGGAACUUGUGGAAAAAGCUUCACUAAGUCCUGCAGCUUAACCCUUCAUGUUCGGACUCACACAGGUGAGAAGCCCUUCUCGUGCAGCGUGUGUGGAAAAAGCUUCACAACAUCCUCCACACUGACUCUCCAUGUAAGGACUCACACAGGUGAGAAGCCUUUCGCCUGUGAGAUUUGCAAGAAGGCUUUCACCCAGGCAAAGAGUUUGACUGAGCACAUGAGAACUCACACAGGAGAGAGGCCUUUUACUUGUAAAAUAUGCCAGAAGACUUUCAGCCAGGCUAAUAGCCUGACCUAUCACAUGAGAACUCACACAGGUGAAAGGCCGUUUACUUGUCAAGUGUGUGAAAAGAGUUUUACUCAAAGUAGUAUCCUAAAAGCUCACACCAGGACCCACACGGGCGAGAGGCCUUUUUCUUGUGAAAUGUGCGGAAAGGGUUUCAAACGAAACAGUUCCUUGAAGGAUCACAUGAGAACUCACACAGGUGAGCGGCCUUUUUUCUGCAAGUCGUGUGGAAAAAGUUUCAGUCGGAAUGAUUCUUUAACUGCUCACUUGAGGACUCACACAGAUUUAUAUGUAGGAAACGUGUAAGAAAAAGUUAUGCCUUCUUCAAAUGACAAACAGCAGGAUUAUGUCUCUGUGCAGAAAAGUUCAGUUCGUGAAACCUCCCCUGAAGAUUUGUUUCUGUUUUUCUAUUUUGUCAAGAAUUUGCACAAUAAAAGAAUUAAGGCUAUAAAA